GAGGGUGGCCAGGGAGGGGCUUGGUGGGGACACGAAGGGGAACUGUGGCUGCCAGCGGGCUGUCCUGUCCUGGGAACUAAAGAGGAAGGAGAAACACUGCCCAGGAGACCCCAUGGAGAGCCGGCCUCCACGGCGGUGGGCCCCGCCGGGCCCCCUCGCGGCCCCCCUCGCGGCCCCCUGGCUCCUGGGCCUGCUCCUGUGCCCCUGGACCCUGCGGCUCACAGGAGGGCAGUCGGUGGCCCACACUGGCCCCCCCAUUCUGGCCUCUCUGGCCAACCAGGCCGUCUCCUUCGGCUGCAGAAUCACCUACCCGUACACCCCAGAAUUCAAAACCUUCACCGUCGGCUACUUUUAUGUGAACCGCCAGGGCCAGGAGAGCGCCGAGGAGCCGACUGGCUGCCAGCCCAGCGCAGGCCAAGAGAACCAGACCCACACCACGGCGUGCCAGGUCACCCCCAAGCUGCCCAGCGCACUAGCCACCGGCACCUACUACUGCUCCGUCCGCUGGCUGCGCGCCAGAGCGAGGGGCCCGGGCACCUUCAUCCUGGUCCGAGACACAGGCUACCGAGAGCCCCCCAGGGUCCCCGAGAAAGUCCUGCUCUUCAGCUUCGUCGGCAUCCUGGGUGCCCUGAGCGUCCUGGGCACGGCCCUGCUGCUCUGGAGGAAGACGCAGAUGCGGGCUUCCUGGAGGCAGCUGGCUCAGAGGAUCCCGGCCGCGAAGAUUCCGGCCCCGAGCACGGCCCGCCCCGAGCAGCCUCCGGCCGAGUCCCUCUACACGGCCCUGCAGCGCCAGGACACUGAGGUCUACGCCUGCAUGCAGAGCGAGGCCGGCAGCCCGCCCGCCAGGAGGACCUUUCUCUCCCAGGAGAAUGCGCACCGAUUUCAGGAUGAGAGCGAAUUUAACCUGGUCUAUGAAAAUCUCUAGGACCAGCUCCGCCCGCCCUUAGGUCUCGCCGCGGAUCAGAGGCUCUGGGGCCGCCCCUCCCUCCAGAGGACUUGAUCGGGACCAAGAGUGAGGCCUCAGGGGGCGCCGGGCACUCACCCCCACAUUCUAGGCUUUCCUGCCUCGGUCCGCACCCACCCCGAGGGGCACCCACUGCGUGUUCCUCAUCUCCAGGCCUUUGUCCAAGUCGUGCCCUCUGCCCGGUGGGCCCCUCCUCAGUGUUUAAGGGCUCCCGUGGGCCCCCCAUUCCCAGAGCCCUCCUCGGCCUCCGGGCUCACCUACAAGGCCCCCCGAGACUCUCAGGAGGGACCCGGCGAGGGACCCGAGUCGGUGCUGUGUUCACAGGAGGGGAAAUAAAGGAGCAACGGAGA